UAGUUUUCGGAGGCCCCAACGUCACAAGCCCAGCCCACACUCCGCCGAUCCGCGUCGUCUUCGUCUCCCCUUCCCCGUCCUCCUCGCCGGCGCACGACGUCUCCCGGACCCCACUGCCCGUGGCCUCUACCAGAACGCAACGCCCGUGGCCGCUCCACGUACGUCUGUGGCGGCGGAGGUGUCAGCCUCCCUCCCACCCUCCGCAUCCGCCCGCCCACCACCACCGCGGCCGCUCGAGAUGGUGUCGACAAGAAGGUCCCGGAGCUCCCCCGUCGGCUGCGCGCCGUACGUCGACGGCAGCCACUCCGGCCUCCCCUCCCCGUCGACACAAAGCGGAUGCAUUGUCACUUGAAAAACUGCAUCAAAUGUACCGACAUAAAUUUCCGCCUAUGCGCGCUAUGCAGGUGGAGUCGAGGAGAAGCAGUUGGCAUGGAUAUUCCGUUUCUCUCUGAUGUCUGAGAAGAAAGUCCGUCUUCGGUGGAGCAAUAUCCAAGUUAGUUACAGCAUCCAGUCAUCUGUAUAAUCUCAGAGUUUAUUCUGCUUUGUACUGUCGUAUUUCAUAUGUGCAUCAGCGGAAAUGUGCUUUCUAGAGGAAUGUUGCAGCUGGCCGAGUCCCAGAUCUCAUCUAUAUGGCCAUAGGCAGUGAUCAAUAAAAGGGCACUGGAAUUUAUCUUUGUUCUGUUCUGGCUCCCUGUCUUUAUUUUUGUUGCUUCCGUCGUAUGGUUGCAAAGUUAGGCUUCAUCUGAUUUUAGUUAGUUAAGACGAUCUCCUUAACCUGAUAUAGAGAAUUCCACCCUGCCCUUUAUUCCGCUUUUCACUGUCUCUCAAUAACGGAACAUAUUAAGCCCACCAAAUUGUAUCGCAUACUCAUACAUAUCUUUCAUCGUCGAAUAUCAGGAGAUUGUCAAGUUGUAUUUUAUCAUAUCAGUAUAUUAAGUGUAUCAUUCGUCCAUAUGAGCAAGGGAUGGUCAUCUGCCAGCUUAUUAUGCUCAUCUCUGAGAUCAAUCAUGCCCCUUCAAUGUUAGUUAGAGGUGUCAUUAAAAAAGGACAAGAAAUUAACCACUUGCCACCGGGUCUUCCCUCUUCAGCAGGAAGCAUGUGAUGUAUUUUAGAUUCACGAAAACCAAUAUCGUGGUCCUCCCUGUGCGGUAAGUGCCCGAGAUGAAAUAUAUUUUGUUGUUGCACAGUAGGUGUGCUCUCACACGUCUAGACAUGGGAGGUAAUUGUUUAAUUUGCAUUCCUGCAACUUUUUGUAGUACUUAGAACGAAAAUUCGUACCAUUUGCUAAGGUCACAGCCAAUGGGACGUCACUUUUGAAAAACUGCAUUGGAUGUACUGACACAAAUACGUAAUUAAUACUCUAUUUGCAAUAUCGUGGGUGUACUGACAUAAAUUAUUUUACUGCCUGCAAGUGUUCAUUUUCUAAUUGAAGUGCACAUUGUCCCAUAUGGCUGUCGAUGCCUCGGUUUAGCCACUUGAUUAAUUUGAAACCUGCGUCGUUAGUACGAGCCACCUUUUUAUAUUGGCACUGUGUAUGGUUGCUGAUCUCAUGAGGGCAAUUGCUUUCCGAUUAAAAUGAUGCUGCAUAUAAUCUCAUUGGGGCUAUUGCUAAUUGUUUCUACGUUUGUCUGAUCUGUCAACAGAUUAAAAUUCUGUAUUUAGUUAUAAAAACUGAGGAGUGUGUAACCACGAAAUUGCAUCAGACUAUAUGAACAAGAUAUAAUUCUCUGCCAGCCGAUUAUGUUUGCUCUGAGAUCAAUCCUGUACUCAAUCAUACUUAGAGGCCAUUCCAAAAAAAAAAUGAACAAUAAAAUAACCACUUGCUUCGGUGAUAAGUAGUGAUGCAUUGAAGGUUCAACUAAUCCAAGAACACCAUUAUUCUGGUCUCCCUGGGCGGCAGGCACUUGAGAUAAGUAUAUGCUGUAGUUAGGCAGUAGGUGUGCUGUCACACGUCUAGCCAGUGGAAGUAAUUAUUUAAUUUGCAUUCCUGCAACUCUUUGUAUUUGUUAAGGAAAUUCGUACCAUCUGCUAAGGUCACAGCCAGUGAAACGUCACUUUUGAAAAACUGGAUUGGAUGUACUGACACAAAUACCUAAUACAAUGAUCUACUUGCAAUAUUAUGGUUGCCCGCGUCGUCUUGCACUCUGGUUGUGUCUCAUUAAGAAAUGAAGAUGCCCCCAGCUGUUAAUGUGGUAUGCUGAUUGUCCUAUUAUGCAUCAGCCCAAAAACAAUGCCCAGUGCUGAGCUGUUCAGGAUUGGAUAGUUGUGAUUGGUUCCCGUAACGCGAGCUCAUCCACUUCGCUCCCAGAAAGUCAAUACUCACCUUGGCUUCCAGUUUCAUUACUAGCAAAGCAAGCACGUCUUGCUCACACCAUUCCAUUCUCCAUUCCACACUGUGCUUCGUGUUGCUGUGCCAAUCGUGUGGGCGUUCCAAUGGUGGAGGUGGUGGCCGCCAUGGCCAUCCGGCCGCUGGUGUCCAUGCUGGUGAACAAGGCGGGCAACUCCCUCCUGGACCAGUACAAGGUGAUGGAGGGAAUGGAGGAGCAGCACAAGAUUCUCAAGCGCAAGCUUCCAGCCAUCCUUGACGUCAUGACUGACGCCGAGGAGCAGGCGACGGCUCAUAGAGAUGGUGCCAAAGCCUGGCUCCAGGAGCUCAAGACUGUGGCCUAUGAGGCAAAUGAAGUCUUCGAUGAAUUCAAGUACGAAGCACUCCGCCGUGAAGCCAGGAAGAAGGGGCACUACAGAGAGCUUGGCUUCGAUGUAAUAAAGCUAUUCCCUACUCACAACCGUAUUGUGUUCCGUUACAAAAUGGGUCGCAAGCUUUGCCGGAUUCUGAAGGGCAUUGAUGUCCUUAUAGCGGAGAUGCAUGCCUUUAGGUUCAAGUACCGACCACAGCCGCCGGUGCCCAAGCAGUGGAGGCAGACGGAUUCUGUUAUCACCGACUUGCAAGAAAUUGCCAGCAGAUCCAGAGACAAGGAUAAGAAGAAUAUUGUUGCUACACUACUUGGUCAAGCUAACAAUGCGGAUUUCACAGUUGUUCCCAUUGUUGGAAUGGGGGGCCUCGGCAAGACCACAUUAGCGCAGCUCAUAUACAAUGAUCCUGAAAUUCAGAAGCAUUUCCAGUUGCUGCUCUGGGUCUGUGUCUCUGAUACCUUUGAUGUGAACUCCUUGGCCAAGAGUAUAGUUGAAGCAUCUCCCAGUAAGAAUGUUGAUACAGACAAACCACCACUGGAUAGACUUCAAAAACUGGUCAACGGACAGCGGUAUCUCCUUGUAUUAGAUGAUGUUUGGGACAACAAAGAGUUACGUAAGUGGGAAAGGCUGAAGGUAUGUCUUCAGCAUGGUGGCAUGGGCAGUGCAGUGUUGACAACAACUCGUGAUAAACGAGUUGCUGAAAUUAUGGGUGCAGAUAGGGCAGCCUACAAUCUCAAUGCUUUGGAGGAUCACUUCAUAAAGAAAAUUAUUGAGGCUAGAGCAUUCAGCCUGGACAAAGAAAAGCCUGCUGAACUAGUGGAGAUAGUUGAUGAAAUUGUGAAGAGAUGUUCUGGCUCUCCUUUAGCUGCAUGUGCACUGGGCUCUGUACUUCGUACCAAGACCACCGUGAAAGAAUGGAAGGCUAUAGCAUCUAGAAGCAGCAUUUGCACUGAGGAAACUGGAAUCUUGCCAAUACUCAAGCUUAGCUACAACGACUUGCCGUCGCACAUGAAGCAGUGCUUUGCUUUUUGUGCUGUAUUUCCCAAAGAUUACAAGAUUGAUGUGGAGAAGCUUAUCCAACUAUGGAUCGCAAACGGCUUUAUCCCUGAACACAAGGAAGAUAGUCUUGAAACCAUUGGACAACUUAUUUUUGAUGAGCUUGCUUCAAGGUCAUUCUUUCUGGAUAUAGAGAAGAGUAAAGAAGAUUGGGAGUAUUAUUCCAGAACAACAUGUAAAAUCCACGAUCUUAUGCAUGAUAUUGCAAUGUCUGUUAUGGGAAAGGAAUGUGUUGCUGUGACUAUGGAGCUAAGUAAAAUUGAGUGGCUUGGAGAUACUGUGCGGCAUUUGUUCUUAUCAUGUGAAGGAACAGAAGGUAUUUUGAAUGAUUCUUUGGAGAAAAGAUCCCCAGCUAUUCAAACAUUGCUAUGUGAUAGUGAUGUGUACAGCCCAUUGAAGCAUGUAUCAAAAUACAACACUUUGCAUGCCUUGAAGCUCUGUCUGGGAACAGAAUCAUUUCCGCUCAAACCAAAGUAUCUGCAUCACCUGAGGUACCUUGAUCUCUCGUGGAGUGAUAUCGAAGCACUUCCUGAGGAUAUAAGUAUUCUAUAUAACCUGCAAGUGUUGGACGUUUCCAACUGCCGUUAUCUUGAACGACUUCCAAGGCAAAUGAAGUAUAUGACUUCCCUCUGCCACCUCUACACUCAUGGAUGUCGGAAGUUGAAGAGCAUGCCUCCAGGACUUGAAAAUCUCACUAAGCUGCAGACACUCACAGUUUUUGUAGCAGGAGUUCCUGGCCCUGAUUGCGCUGAUGUUGGAGAGCUGCAUGGUCUAAACAUUGGUGGUCAGCUAGAGCUAUGCCAGGUAGAGAAUGUUGAAAAAGCAGACGCAAAAGUGGCAAACCUUGGUGGUCAGCUAGAGCUGCAGCAUUUAAACCUUGGUGAUCAGCUAGAGCUACGCCGGGUAGAGAAUGUUAAAAAAGCAGAGGAAAAAGUGGUGAAUCUUGGAAACAAGAAGGAUCUCCGUGAACUGACAUUAAGAUGGACUGAAGUUGGUGACAGCAAGGUGCUCGACAAGUUCGAACCUCAUGGUGGGCUGCAGGUUCUAAAGAUAUAUAAAUAUGGAGGGAAGUGUAUGGGUAUGUUGCAAAACAUGGUUGAGAUCCAUCUUUCUCGUUGUGAAAGAAUGCAGUUUUUGUUCAGUUGUGGCACAUCCUUCACGUUUCCAAAACUGAAGGUGCUUACACUAGAGCAUUUAUUGGAUUUUGAGAGAUGGUGGGAAAUAAAUGAGAGACACGAAGAACAGAUAAUAUUUCCUCUGCUUGAGACGUUGUUUAUUCGGCAUUGUGGAAAGUUGAUAGCAUUACCUGAAGCACCAUUGCUUGGAGAACCAAGUCGUGGAGGUAAUAGACUGGUAUGCACACCAUUUUCUCUGCUUGAGAACUUGUUUAUUUGGUAUUGUGGAAAGCUGGUACCAUUGUGUGAAGCACCGCUGGUUCAUGAAAGUUGUAGUGGAGGUUAUAGAUUAGUACAGUCAGCAUUUCCUGCUCUAAAGGUACUUGCAUUGGAAGACUUGAAGAGUUUUCAUAAAUGGGAUGCAGCUGUCGAAGGAGAACCGAUAUUGUUUCCUCAGGUUGAGACACUAUCAGUUCAGAAAUGCCCAAAGCUAGUAGAUUUACCUGAAGCACCAAAACUCAGUGUACUAGAAAUUGAAGAUGGCAAGCAAGAGUUGUUCCAUUUUGUAGACAAAUAUUUGUCUUCGCUGACCAAGCUGACACUGAAGCUAGAAUACACAGAAACAACAUCAGAGGCUGAGUGCACUUCAAUUGUACCAGUGGACAGCAAGGAGAAAUGGAACCAGGAAUCCUCUGUUACAGUUAUGGAGUUAGGAUGCUGCAACAUGUUCUUUGGAGAAGGUGCACCAGAGCCAUGGGACUAUUUUGUACACCUUAAAGAUUUGGAAAUUGAUGGAUGUGAUGUGCUCGUCCACUGGCCAGAGAAAGUGUUCCAAAGCUUGGUAUCCUUGAGGAGAUUAAGGAUUAGAAACUGCAAAAACCUGACUGGAUAUGCACAAGCUCCUCUUGAGCCAUUGGCAUCCGGAAGGAGUGAACGCCUGAGAGGUCUGGAGUCUCUUCGCAUAGAAAGCUGCCCAAGUUUAGUAGAGAUGUUCAACGUCCCGGCAUCUCUCAAGAAAAUGGAAAUUUGUCAGUGCCAUAAGCUUGAGCCCAUAUUCGGCAAGCAGCAGGGCAUGGCCGAGUUAGUCCAAGUAUCUUCUAGCAGUGAGGCAAUCAUGCCUGCAGCUGUAUCAGAGUUGCCAUCCUCACCCAUGAAUCACUUCUGUCCAUGCCUAGAAUAUCUACGUUUAGUCGGAUGUGGAAGCUUACAAGCGGUUCUAAGUCUGCCUCCAUCCUUAAAGACCAUAUAUAUUCACAGCUGCAAUAGCAUUCAAGUCCUAUCAUGCCAGCUGGGCGGGCUCCAGAAACCAGAAGCCACUACCUCCAGAAGCAGAAGUCCUAUCAUGCCACAGCCACCAGCAGCAACAGCACCAACUGCAAGAGAGCAUUUACUUCCUCCCCAUCUUGAAUCUCUAGUAAUACGGUAUUGUACUGGCAUGUUGGUGGGGACUCUCCGUCUGCCUGCGCCCCUCAGGAGACUGGACAUUAUGGGCACAAGUGGGUUGACAUCGCUGGAGUGUCUGUCGGGAGAGCAUCCCCCAUCGCUGGAAAUCCUUGAUCUUCAAAGAUGCAGUACCCUGGCAUCCCUACCGAAUGAGCCGCAAGUAUACAGGUCUCUCCGGUAUCUUAAAAUUACAGGCUGCCCUGCUAUAAAGAAGCUCCCUAGAUGCCUCCAGCAGCAACCGGGCAGCAUCAACACCAAAUACCUAGAUGCCCGGUAUGAAGUGAUGGCACUUAAACCAAAGACAUGGAAGGAGAUGCCAAGGCUAGUCCGUGAGCAGAGGGAGGCCGCUCAAGAAGCCAAGGAGCGACAACAAUCCACCAUGCAGGAGUAAACAGGUUGGAAACCACGUAGAAAGGGUGUGGAUUUCGAUUGCUCUGAACAAUGUACAAGAUUAUGUCGUGACUGUAAUCAAUCGGCUUUGUUGAGGUUUGGCCUCUACCUAGUUGAGAUAUUUGUUAUGUGAAUCAAAUGAAUUUCCCCGGUUCAGUAGAAAUUAGGACAAUAUACUCACAUGUGUGUCUCUGAGCUAUCUAUGUAUCUAUCUGUUUUUGCUUUGC